GUCGAAGGUGAGCAAGGCACAACACUGCCGUGGGUGGGUUCUCCAGGUGGGCGGCGCCACUUGCGUGUGGGCAGCGCUCCGGCCGGCUACACCUGUCGCCGGGGCGCCCUGAGCCCCGCCCUUUCUCUUUCGUUCCUCUGCAACGCGGUAGCCGGCCGGGCUGCCUGUGUUUGCGCGCGCGCCGCGCCUGGCCGGAGGGGGAAAAAAGUCCCCAACACGAACUCGAGAGGAACUAUGGCCUGCCUGCUCCGCAGCCUCUUGGGCUCCCAGCCCGUCGCCCGCUUCCAACGCUGCUGUGGGCUUUUCCCAGCCUCAGAGGGAGGGGCUCAGCAGGCCGGAGCGGUGGGGAGCGACAACCAUCCUCUGCCCGCGCGGGACGUCUGUAAUGGGUGUAGUCCAGCCAAGCAGCGGGUCCGCCCGCUAGCCGACUGCACCACCUGCAACGGCAGCGCCAGCGCCAGCGCCAGCAACGGCUGGGAGGACUGUUCACAGGAGUAUGUAGUAAAGAAUUAUUUCUACUACUACCUGUUCAGGAUUUCGGCUGCAAUGGGUCAAGAAGUUUUCUACAUCACAUUCCUUCCAUUCAGUUACUGGAGCAUUAACCAAUAUGUUGCUAGAAGGCUGAUAAUUAUGUGGUCUAUGGUCAUGUACAUUGGCCAAGUCUCAAAGGACCUUCUCAAGUGGCCUCGCCCUUGUUCACCGCCUGUUGUCAAGCUAGAAAAAAGGACAAAUGCAGAAUAUGGAAUGCCGUCCACACAUGCAAUGGCAGCAACCGUCAUCUCAUUUACUUUUGUUGCUGCGACUGUGAACAAGUACAAGUACCCACUUGAACUAGGAUUGAUGGGAGCUUUCUUAUUUUCAACUCUGGUAUGCCUGAGCAGAAUUUACACAGGAAUGCACACAGUGCUGGAUGUGAUUGCUGGCAGUCUGAUCUCGGCAAUAUUAACGGCUCUUACUUAUCCUACUUGGGACUUCGUUGAUCACCUGAUACUGACUAGCCCCUUGUGCCCUGUCUUCUGCAUCGUUGUGCCCCUCUUCUUAUGCUACAAGUACCCCAAAUUGGAUUAUUACAGCCCUACUAGGGCAGACACCACCACUAUUCUAGGAGCUGGAGCUGGAGCAAUUAUUGGGUCCUGGAUCAAUAAUCACUAUGUUUCAAAUGCUUUGGCUGAAGCCAUCACACACGAUGUUCCUUCCAUCACCAGUGAAAUGCUGUUGAUAGUGCUUGGAAAGUUUUUGGUAGGAAUUGUUGUACUGGUGAUUACACGGCAGAUCAUCAAAAACAUAGCCCUUAAAUUACUAUGUUCCUGGUAUAGGGUCUCUACUGAUGAUGUUGAAGCUAUGCAGCAAAUAGAAAUUGAAGUUCCAUAUAAAUUUAUAACCUAUUCUUCCAUUGGCCUGAGUGCUACAGUGCUUGUGCCAUUACUGCAUAAGUUCUUAGAAUUAAACUGAAUGCUGUGCAUUUUUUUAGAAAGAGUCCAGAUUAUGGGAUGCAAUAAAAAUGUGUGCAGAAGUAAAGGCUUAAACAAAAAGUGUUGUGUCUUUCUGCAUAACUCUACAAUAUAGCAAAAAAAUGGAUAUCUAAAAGGGGCUUCUAAUAUUUUUUUGUAUGCUAUCUCUCAAAUAUGCUGUAGCUGCUGCAGCAACUAUGAUUGUCUGAGCAAAACAUUUAGUUGAACUAGUGGUCUGCCAUGACAGACAGUCAGAUGUUUAGCUGCUUUAUCCUUCCUAGAUCUAGUGGCUUUGUUUCAUUGGGGUUGUCAAACCUCAAGCCUUUGGAGGAAGAUAGAGAAUAUAAAUCUAAUAAAUAAUAAAAAGCCAAGCACUGCCUAGGAUAUAGCAAAAGCAAGAUUUCACAAGAUCAGUGUAGUUGAAGGAAUCCUCCAUUAGAAAAGACAAGAAAAAGAAAGAAAGCAAUACUCUUUACAAGUGUAAUAGCCUAGGAAUUGGGAGUAAGAUAAGAUUCAGGGGGGGAUACAGCACAAACCUAUGCACCUUGAAAUUGGUUUGGCACUGAAUCAGGCUGCCCAUCUAGCAGCAUUUUAACAGCAAUUUCAUUGCUUAGAAAAUUGACUGCUGGUCCUGUGAAUUCAUGUGUGAGUGCAAUUAUAUCAUGUUCAUAACAUAUCAAUGUUUUUAAGUUAAACUGUCCCAUAGAGGGUGCAAUGUUAGCUUCUGAAGCUGUGCUCUGGUAUGCUUUGGCAUUGGCCCAGAUUGUUGAAGACAAUCACUGCUGCUGUGACUUGUACACCACUGAAAAAUGAACCAUGAGAGCUACCUAGUGGAUGGCAAGUGCAAAUGAGAUUACAGAUUUUUUUUAAGCAGUGAAUAAUAUUGCUAGACCAUCAUCUUUCUUUCCACUAAUGCAAACUGGCACUUCCCACUGGAGCUGAAGGCUCUACCAAGAACUGUGAAACAGCACCUGCUUUUUCCUUAUGGCCACUUCUUCACGCUGCUUGAGCUUGGGAGUAGGAUGAAACUAGCACUGGUCAGACUCUGUUGCUUCCAAAAAGAAAAAAGGGGGGGGCAGGGCAGAAAGGACAUAUCCAUUCAAAGGUUCCCACUAUAAGGGAGCAAAUAUAGUACAGUAACAGCGCCUCUAAAUGAAAUGCUGCUUAGACAUGCAGGAAUUGAGAACGGGGGUCUAAAUGCUUCCAGAACUUUAAUUCAAACAACAGAAAGGGUCAUUGAGUUUGUGUCUUGUUUGUAGGCUUGCCAUAGGCAUCUAGUUAGCCACUGUGAGAACAGAACAUUGGGACUAGGUGGGCUUUUGGUCUGAUCCAGCUGAAUUGCUCUGUAUUCUUAAACUUCAGUAUUACACUAGAAUUAAAAUUCCCACCUGGAGUUGUGGAACUUGAACUUGCAUCAUAAGAAAUACAGGGUUUCUGUGUCUCCCAGCACCCUCCUGCUUUAGAUAACACAUAUUCUGUAAAAUAGGGGUUAUAUGAAGGUAAAGACCUGAAGCCCAUGGGGUGUCCAAGCAGAACUUCCUCAGAGCAGAAUUCCCCAAUCUAAAGGAAAUGGGGAGCCCCCAGCCCCCAUAUGCCCUUCACCAUGCUAAAGCUGAGUUACUUGCAAAAGAGAGCUGGCAUAUAAGCAGGGUUAAUGAAUUCUGCCAAUAGCUGUUAAUCCUUCCAGGCUGAAUCCAAAUCAAGUGAGCCUGAUUCUUGUUGGAAGGGUGGGAUUUGUAGGCAAGAAUCUGGAUGUAAGAGGAGUUAACCACUCCUCCUAUUUUCCAGCUACUUGUCCUCAUGCAUUCCCAUCAUCUCAGCAAAAUAUAGCCUUAAGAGCAGGUUUGCACAGAAAUAACGUCUAGGUAUGCCCUCAGAUAGGGAAAUACGUUACAAAUAGAUUUCUUAAUUGUUUGCCUGUCCAAGAGCUUCAGGUUUAGCUGUAACACUAAAAUUGCUCUUUCAAAUUUGCACCUAUUUUAUUAUUUUAUGAUCACAUGUACAAUAUACAUAUACUCAGAUUUAUAAAUUACAACCUGCACAAUUUCUAUUUUUGUAUUUUACUGUAAGCUGUAAAAUAUGUACUUUAAAUGUCUCCAGAAACUAUUUUUUAUUAAAGCUUAUUUUGUCAUGUAUAUUGCAAGUGCAUUAUAUAAAGUAGAAUGCUACUUUGGAGUAGGCAUGUAUGCCACAUGGGCUGGGGAUUGAAGGGCCCACCUAGCAUUUGUUACACACCAGUUUUUUUGUUCAUACCUACCUGUUUCACAAUGUUAUGUGAACUGGCCUACCCAAGCACAAAUAUGUGUGCUUGAAAACAUACAGGGCUAACCUAGUCUAUGAAAUCCUACACCUUGUGUUAAGUCCUACUUAGCAUGUGCAGUGUAAUAUAGUGUCCAAACCAUGUUAUUUAAUAUAUACAU